AUGGACAUGCGCUCGCUUGCGCAGCGGGCGCUGACCGAGUCCGCGCUGCCGGACGAGGCGAUCACCGUGAACCAGCGUGCCUUGAUCGACAAGAUUCUCGCGCGGUACUCGGCAGAGUUCACCGUCUUUCGCGAGCUCCUCCAAAACGCCGACGACGCAGGCGCGUCCGAGUGUGAGCUGCGCCUGGUGAGCGAGCCGCGCCCCAUCCCCCAUGUCCCCGAUACCCAGGCCCUGCUCACACAAUGGACCUUCCGCAACAAUGGCGCGCCGUUCAGCGACGCCGACUGGCACCGGCUACGGCGCAUCGCCGAGGGCAACCCCGAUCCGGAGCGCAUCGGUGCGUUUGGCGUCGGCUUUUACUCGCUGUUCAGCGUAUGCGACGAGCCGAUCGUGUCGAGUGGCGACCAGCUGAUGGGCUUCUUUUGGAAAGGCGAUGCCCUCUUCACGCGCCGCGCUCACGCCCCGGCUCAGGCCGCAUCGUCCACGGGCGUGCCAUGGACCACGUUUCUCAUGGCCCUGCGUGAGCCGACGCCCUUCCCCGAAUCACCCCUCGCGCUGUGCCAGUUUCUCGCGACCUCGCUCACGUUCACGAGCCAUGUCCGCUCGGUCGGCCUGUACCUCGACGACCAACUCUUGUGCCAUCUCGACAAGCACGUAGGCGCUCCGGAGCCCCUCGUCCCAUCACGCCAUCUUAGGGCUACGUCGCCGGAGAAAAUCAUGGCCGUACAGGAGCUGCAUACCUCGCCACUCCAAGUGCACGUCCGCGUAGCUCGGUGCAUCCUCCUCGAGGCGGCCGAGGCGGCCGCCGCCGCGGCCGACAAACCCAGCCUCCGCCAAACCCUCCUGUCCGCGUUCUCCAAGACGGCCGGCGCCGGGAUCGCUUCCAUGCUCUCGAACGCCUUUGGGACCGCGCCGCCCGACGCCGCAUCUUCGCGCAGCAUGGUGCUCGAAAAUGUCGCGCAACACAUCGAAACCGUGCAGGCAUCGCUGCAUUUGCGCUUCGUUUCAGCUCACAUUCGCGUCCAUGCACCUGCCGCGCUCUCUCGCGAAUUGGAGCGGAGCACGAAAAAGGGCCUUCCAUCGUCCAUGCCCUUGCACAUCGUGCACAUGCGUCGAGACGACAUCGACGCCAUGGCGCUCCCCGAGUCCACGACGCACAGCGUAGACAAGCACGUCGGCAUGCUCUUUGACGGACUCACGCCGCAGCUGGAUGCACAGGGCCGCGUGUUUAUCGGGUUCCGCACGCACCAAACCACCGCGUUCGCCGGUCAUCUGGCCGCGCGCUUCAUCCCGACAGUCGAGCGCGAAUCGCUCGACUUUAUCGAUCGGUACUGUGCACGCUGGAACACCGAGCUGCUCGCUGUGGGCGGCUACGUGGCGCGCGCCAUCUAUGAGGCCGAGAUGCAUCGCUUAGGCGCACAAUGGUGUCACGCUCACCAACGAGAGCGCCUACUAGAGGCGGCUCUGCAUACGAUGCGCUUCUUUUCCUUCCGAUCGUCGUCGCCAUCGACGCGCGUGUCGGCUGCGCUGGAAGACGCCUUCUUCGCCUGCUGCACACGGCCAUGCAUCUCGCUCAUGUCCACCGAGGGACUGCGGUCCUCCGAUGCCGUGCGCUUCCCGAGUGCCAUGCUCGCGGACUUUUGCCGCGACAUUGCCGUGAUUCCACCGGCCCACAUCGAGGCGGCUGACGUGUUUGUGAUGCAGCUGCGUCUGCGGCACAUGGUGCGUGACAUUACGAUGGAGGACGUAUUUGCCGAGCUUGCACGCCAUCCCCUUUCGACCGACGAAAUGGUCGCAUGCCUGCGGUGGUGGUGUCAAGUGGCCGCUCAUCCCGCCUACGAACCAUCUCUCUGUGCACAGCUCGUGCGUGCCGCUGUCGUCACCUCCGACGAUGGCGUCCAAGCCUUGUCAGAUGUAUCGACCGUGCUCCAUACUGGCAAGUUGCCCCCGACCAUCGUGCUCCCGCCGACAUGCCUGCUCUACGCCGUCUCACGGCACUUUCGACCAGGCGAACUGGGCCGCGUGUUUGGGUGGGCUGAUUUGUCCGUGCUGGCGUGGGUGGAAUACAUGUUGUCCCUGGAUCAGUCGUCCUCGCCCGACGUGCGCGCCGCGCAUGGACUAUCGCAAUCACCCAGGAAUGCAGAAGGAGUGCUUAGCACGCUCGCAUGGACGUGGGGCCAUAUCCCCCAUGCGCAGAUGCGCGCGAUCGUCGAGCGCCUCACUCCCCUGGCGUGCAUACCUACCCGUGCGGGCAUGAAGCGCCCUGCCGACGCCUACUUUAGCAGCGUGUCGCUGUUUUCCGACCUGCCUGUUGUGGCCUUCCCCACCAUGCCCGUUCGUGGCCACGCCGAAAAGAUGCUCGAGGCGCUAGGCGUACGUCGGCACGUCGAUAUCCAGCUCAUCUUUGAUCGGCUUCUUGCCGGCGGUGACUGGUCGCACAUCGACUUGGUGGCCUACCUCGCUAAACAAAGCGCGCACCUGACACCCACAGAAAUGCAGCGGCUCACCAACACGCCCAUCUUCCCUGCUGAGGGAGACACGAAGCAGUAUAUGGCCUGUCAGCUGUAUGAGCCGAGCGAUGCGCUGCGUGCUUUGCGUGUACCUAUUCUCGACUGGCGCGGUCGCUCUUGGCGUGCCUCGUCCGACGAGGCACGAUUCCUCUUCUCCCUGGGCUUGCAACGGCACAUGCCUUUGCCAGAGGUCUUGGAACGCGCCAGCGGGUCUGACGCGGCACUGGGCGUCGUCGCGCGCACCUACCUUCUCGACAAGUUCGCCUCAGUGUACGCGGAUGUCUACUCGCUCAAGGACGCAAGCAAGUAUGCCUUUGUUCCGGCUCAGGAUGGACGGCUGUAUCCGCCGACGCAAGUGUUCACAGAUGCAGCCGCCGCCUCCAUGCAAUGGCCCAUCGCAGCCGUCUCGGCUGUCGAUGCGACCAAGCUGCAAUUGCCCACGCAUCCGACAGGCUCGGCCAUUGUGCACAAACUGUGCUCGUCACCACCCCAGACGCACGAAGAGGCCUGCCGCGUAUUUGCCUUUUUAUCCACUGUGCGCACAUAUACCCCACGAGACUUGGACACGCUCCGCCACGCACCCAUCGUGCCCGUACAGGGCCGUGGUCAUUUGCCACCGGCUUCAUGCUACUUCGCCGGCGCUCGCGAUGCGCCAUCCGAGUACCAGGCCGUGUUUGCAUACGUCGACUUUGGGCCUGCAGCGACCGUGUUUCUCCGCGCGUGUGGUGUGUCGGACGAGCCCAGCACAUCGGAGUUGGUGGACAUGCUGAUGGACGAUGCGUCGCACUUUUACCAUCUGUGCCCAUCACCAGAUGCGUACGUGCUGGUCUUGCGCCGCAUUGCCGACCACUUGAGCGAACUGCCGCCGUCCACGCGGCAGCGGAUGCGCCACGUCCCAUUUCUGCUUUGCCUUCAGCAGGCUCGCACAGACGACGAACAUGCCUCGGGCUCUGCCUCGUAUGCGCUCCGCAGCGCACCGGAUAUCGUGCUCGUGGACGAUGCACAUGCGCACAUGCUAUUUUGCGAUCAUGUGUUUGUGGCGCCACACGACGAUGUCAUUGAGCCACUGUAUGCAUCCCUGGGAUCACCCUACCUAAGCAAGCUCGUUACAGAGUCCUACUCGGUCAAGGGCCGGGUGCUGCCCGACACUCCACGCGCCCAAGACAUUCGCCAUACCAUCUUGGAGCGCACGCCGCUUUUUCUCUUCGAAAAGCGAGCGAUGGCCAGCCGCGACAUACAGCACGACGCGGCGUGGCUCGGUGAUGUUCUCACCGUGCAUGAAGUCACGGAUCCUGGCAUCCAGCAGACGCGCGUAUUAACGUACCAGGGCCAAACGUGGAAAGACGUGCAGCGGUGCUCAGCUAUGGCGACGAGACCUUCGACAUGGAAACAGGCCCUCCUUCUCCAUGUUGCUACUGAUAUGGAGCUGGACUGGUUCGAAGUCGCAUCGGCGCUGUGCAAGUCCCUGCUCCGGCGGCAGCAUUUACAAGAUGUGCUCCUGUUCAUGACCGUGCUCUCGUCGCCUCUUCGCAGUCUCAAACGCAAGGGCUUCCACGUCGACAAGAUUCUCGCACAGCAAGCCAAGGCUUCCGCACCGCUCGUCCCUGCGCCGGAACCGGCCUGGGAUAGCUACGAGGCACAGCUUCUGCAGAUGUUCCCCGACGCGGAUCCUGCUCACGUUGCGCGGCUUCUGCGUUCGUUCCAGGACCAUCAUUUGCAACAGGCCAGUGAGGCCAUGCUCAGCGGCUACCCUAAAGUGGCUGCGUCCGCCGAAAAGCCAUCGCAUCCCCCGCCGCCGGUCCAGACACCACCCCCGGCUUCCAUGGACAAAUCUCGCGAGAUGAUGCCACCGCCCAUGCCACCCCCCAAAGCAAGCGGCGGCAACUUGUUUCAGCAGAUCAGGACACGUUUGGGUGGACGACCGUCGUCGUUGGCCGAUGGAACUUCAUCUAUUCGGCGCCCCGGUCAGAGUGAGCCCAUCACUCAGACAUCUGAGAUCCAGCGACACGUUCAGAAUGCCAUCCAGUCAUCACGUCCAGAUGCAUCGUCCAUCAUUCAGUCCAAGUCACAGACGCGCGAUGUGCGCGAGGCUGCAUCGACGUACUGCGACGUCAAUGGCAUGGACGUGGAUCUCCGUCUCGCCGGGCACGUAGUGGGCAUGAAAGUGUACGUGAGCACGGAUCUCGACGGACCCACCACCCUCGCCCAUAACCGCGCGGCUCUUGAGCGCCUCAUUGAGCUCGUGUAUCGCCCAGUCGGGGCCAUCUUUGGCGUGAAUCCUCAGAGCAUGCACGUGUUCUGUGAUACCCAAGGCCCAUCGAUUGCCUUCAAUCGAGGCGGAUCGAUCUUCCUCAAUCUGCGCUACUAUCUCGCAUGGCACGACGCGGACGUUCAAGCAAAUCGCCUUGUAAAUCCCCUCAUUUCCGUCUACUUUAGCGUCGCACACGAGCUUGCACACAACCUCGUGCUGGCGCACAAUUCGGAGCAUGAAUUCUACUUCUCGUCCAUCGCCGAACAGUACUUCAUGUCUCUGGCGCAGUACAUAGCUACGCUCUCCACAUGA